AUGGCUGAGCAAGCAAGCCAGGCAUUCCAGGCCAUUGUAGGAAUCGUUGGGAUCUGCGGCAAUGGUUUGGCGUGCAUGGUGAUCGCCAAAGUUCGCUUCAUGCACACCCUGACCAAUGCCUUCAUCUUCAACCAAGUCCUGAUUGAUCUCAUGGGGUCCUUGAUUGCUCUGCUUCUGAAUGUCGUACCAAUCCCUGAUCCGAUACCUCCUGGGGCUACUGGGGUGUUCUCUGCUCUCUGUUAUGGCAUCUAUCUCCGCUACUACGAGGCCGGAGAGUGCGUGCUAAACCAGGUGGCUCACCCACAAAUUCUUGGCGUGUGUGUCUUCUUCGCGACUUAUUGCCUGCCCGUCAGUAUCAUGCUCGUCGUCUACAUCCACAUCACGGUUGUUCUGAAGAAGGGAGCUGGCAGAAUUCAACCCGGACCAGCAGCUGCAGGUCCAUCCACUGAAGGCCAGGGGGAAUCACUCAUGCGUGCUCGCCGUAACACCUUCAAGACCCUCCCGAUUGUCUGCGCGGCAUUCAUCAUUUGUUGGACACCAAACCAGAUCUUCUUUUUCCUCUUCAACCUCGAUGUGAAAGUCGACUUCUCAUCGCCCAUAUUCUACAUAACAAUCAGGAUGGUUGCUCUCAACAGCUGCCUGAACCCGUGCAUAUACGCCAUCAAGUACAAGCAGUUUCAGAAGGGGCUGAAAGUUGUCUUUGGUAAAAGGGGUGACAGAGCCUCUAUUGCAACAGCAAGUACCGGCCACAACUGA